AUGCGUUCGCACACCAUAGCUGUAGUGGAUACCCAAGAAACAAAGUGGACUAACUCCACCAAGGUCCCUUCCUGUCCCGACUACACGAUCGGUCUUCGCGACCGCGGUCGCGACAAAGGCGGAGGUUUGGCCUUCCUGGUGGACAAAUCCAUUGCUUAUCAUCAGCUACCCCUGCUUGGUGUCGACUUCACGGAAGUAUUGGCAAUUUCCCUCGAAAUUCGCCCGGUACCGCUAACCGUCGUGAACAUCAUCUCUCUAACUUCCAGCUGUCCUGGUUUUACCGCCGCCAUCGCUCCCUACUUACCUUCUGGAAACAGUUUGGUGCUAGGUGACUGCAAGGCACACUACGACCUGUAG